AUGGUUUGUUACGGUUGCGAUGGUUUUCCAUCAUUUCAUGUCACCGGUGUUCAGCAGCCCGAAAUAACAUCCGGAAACUGGUUCACCUUCCACACAAGCAUGAAUGAUGGAUAUUCCAAAUAUUCUCACGAGAACCUUAAAUUUGUCCACAACAAAUUCUUUGAGGUACUCACGCCAGGAUACUACUAUGUGUACAGCCAGAUAUGUUAUAAAGUGGAUGGUUCUUAUACUUAUGGCCACGAUGUAGCUGUGACGCCCGACUGUGGUAAUGGUGACAGGUUCCACAUUCUUCGAGUCAAGUCAACACAAAGAACGGAUGCUGUUGAGCCCGAUCUUGAGAACACAGGCUACGCAGGAGGCGUAUUUUAUCUGGCAGCAAAUGAUAGGCUUGGUGUACGCCCUCUACCGGGCCAAAGUGUGCCACUUGACUACCAGGAUAGCAUCGCACAGACCAGCUAUUUUGGCGCUUUUUUGUUGGCACCAGACAGGCACGUCGAGGUCAAUCCAGACCUAAGCCCGUGCACAUAAACACAUGCCAUACUAAAGGAAUGGUAGGGCCUACAUGUAUAUAGCUUUAUUACUUUAUUGCUCAGAUGAAUUCAUUUUUUUUUUUAAGUUCAAAAGACUGUUAAUUGUGGAUUUUGAAUGGGGUCAUUAUUUCUCAGUUAUACUUGUAAUUGUAGACUUAUACAAUAGCAAUAGUUAGCAGGCUCAAUCCAUGCAUCCGUAUUUUUAACAAUUGCGUAAUUGUAUAUUAAUGUAUUGCAUAUCAUAAGUGCGCUAAAAGAUCUUUGUUUAUAGUGAAGUCAAUCCAAAUUUAUGUUCCAAGACACAGAUAUUGUUUAAAAAGUGUGAAUGAAAUUGAAGCAAAAUGUUAGUAAUAGUCUUUAGUUGUUUAUUGAGUUAUGUUAUUGUAUGGCAAGUAAUUCGAUUGUACUGAAAGGUUCAAAGAAGAGUAAGCGUUUUUUUGUGCAAAGAAAUAUAAAAAUAUAUAUAUAUAAACCCAGAUGAUUAUCCGCGUUAACUCCGAAAACAGUACUGUAAAUAUUAUAAUACAUCCCUAAUGUCAAGGUCGAUGUCGUGUUCUAAGUACAGAUAGUUUAUGCAUUGUAAUAUAUAUAUAUAUACACGGGUCUGAAGUAUUUAGUCAACUACUCCUUAUUAUUCGAUUUCUGCAACCCUUGAUGUUUUGCUCUCAAGCCCUGCUCAAGAAAAUUUUGGAGCAAAGGCUCAGUCAUAAUGUACAAGGCCAACUCCAAGGCUUUGACCGGCAAGGCCAAGGCUUUGACCCUUAAGGCUAAUAGCAAAGGUUUCGACCCUCAAUACCAAUAGCCAAAGCUAUGGCCCUCAAGGCCAAGGCUUGACCCUCGAUGGGAAGGCCAAAUCCAAGGCCCUAUUCAUAACUAUUAGUUUUUAAAAAUGAGUUACGUCAUCACAAAUUGCUGGUAUUAAGUAAAAACAUCUGUAUUUAGUUGCAGUCAGAACAUUUUUUAUAGGUAUCAUGUCUGAUUAAUGUCAAAAUUUAAGUUCAGGAAUUCCACUUUCA